AUGUUCAACUUGAUUUCCAAGAUAAUCGUACCUUCAUUCGAUGGUGGUUCGUCUGUCGACGUUCGUGCUCCUGCGCAACAGUGGAAGUGUGCACACCUAGUCGCAAGCACAACAUCAAUGGCGAUGACAGCACUGACGAGUCCCCGUUUCGGUGACUCACGGCAGAAGUUUACAGGUUUAAGACUGGAUCUGAAAAUCAUGAUCCUCGAGAUACGUCGCGUUUGGUCUGAAGCUGUGCUUGAUUGCCACCGUUUACAAGGUGCGUUGUAA